AGCCCUGGCUGACCCACGCCUUGCCCCCAAUGGGCCUUGGCGCCCCUGGCCCCUCUAGCUGACCUCUGCUAGCGGCCCCACGCCCUCCGGGCCAGGCUGCACGGGGAGAGACCAAGGCCAAGGGCCUUCCGGGAGGGGGGACAGAAAGGAAAGCGAAACCUGACCGGCCAGACUUUCGCUUUCGCUGCUUGCACACGCCUCCCAGGUGGCCCCGCUGUCGCUGCCCUUCGCGCUGGGGGCCCAGAGCUGCGGGCUCAGAGCUGCCCCCCAGCCCUGCGUCCCCGAUGGCCGGCGACCCCUGGCGGAGGGAGGAAGGGAAGGUCCCCGACGGCGGCGGAGGGCCCUCGGCCGGGCGCGGGGGUCCCCUGCGGCUCCGCGACUGGCUGGUGCUGCAGAUCGAGAGCGGGAGCUACGAGGGGCUGCGCUGGGAGGACGAGGGCAAGACCCUGUUCCGCAUCCCCUGGAAGCACGCGGCCAAGCAGGGCUACCAGGCGCGGCGGGACGCGGCGCUCUUCAGGGCCUGGGCCAUACACAAGGGCAAGCACCUGGAGGGCACUGACAAGGAGGACCCCUCCACCUGGAAGACACGGCUCCGCUGUGCCCUCACCAAGAGUGUGGACUUCCGCGAGGUGCGUGAGCGCAGCCAGCUGGACAUCUCCAACCCCUACAAGGUCUACCAGAUUGUGCCGGACAGUGCCCAUGGCCCAGUCACCAGGACUCGUGCUUCCCCUGCAGAGGAGGGGGUUCUCCGGAGCCAGCAGGAGCCCCUCAGAGAAGUGACGGAGCCCGCCUGCAGGCCAGCCCAGGCUGGCUCCGGAUUGGCCACUGAAGAUGCGAACAGGGAGCAGCCCCCCAGGCUGGCCCAGCAGGGCUCCUGGGCACCAGCUGCCUUGCCCCUAGGCCCUCUGGCUGACCACAGGUACCGGGCUCCAGACCCCUCCGGCUUCUGGAGCCUUUUGCCCCCUGAGGACUCCAGCAACCCCGGCUGCUGGCUGCACGUGCGGCUCUUCUACGGCGCCGAGCUGGUGCGGGAGGCCACCGCGCGCACCGCCGAGGGCUGCCGCCUGGGCCCGCGCGCCGCCGCCGCGGACGCGGCCGCCGAGCGCCUCCUGGGGCCGCCGCGCGAGGCCCAGGUGCGCUUCCCGGAGCCGCCGCCAGGGGCGCGCGCGCUGCGCCGCCUGCUGCCGCACCUGCAGCGCGGGCUGCUGCUGUGGGCGGCGCCCGAGGGCGUGUUCGCCAAGCGCCGGUGCCGGGGCCGCGUGUACUGGCGCGGCCCGCUCGCCCCGCACCGCGCGCGGCCCAACAAGCUGGAGCGCGAGCGCACCUGCCAGCUGCUGGACACGCGCCGCUUCCUCGCAGAGCUGCAGGCCCACCUGCAGGAUGGCCACCCAGAGCCCGAGUACCAGAUCCGUCUGUGCUUUGGCGAGGAGUACCCUGGGCCCCCGGACCAGCCGCAGGAGCGGCUCAUCAUGGCCCACGUGGAGCCAGUCUUUGCCCGAGAGCUUCUCCGCCAUGCGAAGCACCACAGGCACUGGGCCCCGGGCGCCAGGCCCCAGGCCCCACAUCCCUGAUGGCAUCGCUCAUGCGGUGACACAGCUGAGCCGGCCCUAAGCAGCUGCUUCUCCCUCAUACCUUCUAAAGUCUCUCUCUCACACACACACACACACACACACACACACACACACACGAUGCAGAUCCCACCCCAGCUCUGCCCACACUGAGCCAGCGGACUUCGGCCUUCCCCACCCCCCACCGAACACGGCCUUCAGCCUCUGAGCUGAGGAGGCGCAGCCGGGAAGGCAUUGUGUAGGCGGAGGGCCUCCCAGCCGGGCCGGGGUGUCAGGCGGAAACUGAGCUGGACCUUGAGAUGCCAGAAGCAGCAAUCAGAGCAGAAGAAAUAAGACUCCUUCUCUUUGCGGAGAGCUCAACAAGCCUAUACGGUCACUCUAAAGCAGACCUUACUCUGAGAUUGAUCCAUGAUAAGCUUUGCUUAAAGCUGAGUUUACCUCGAAGGGGCUCUGAGUUUCCAGACUCUUCUCCUACCUGGGUUUGGGGUGAGGGGAGGAGGUCCCAAAACAGAGGACUUGGCCUGACUCAGGGACUUUGGAUACUAACCACUAAGCCAUCAGCACCUGGAGACACUUUCUUUGGAGAAACUGAGUCAGCCCCGCUCCCAAACAGAGCCCUGGGGCAGAAGCCAAAGUGGGAACUAGGAGGGGUCCAGCCCCUCCCCAAGCCCCUUCAAACUCUACAAACUAAGUUGUAGCAAGUCCUUGAGAUUGAGAGGGAGCCCCUCACCCAUGAGGGCAGUUAGCCCUGCUUUGUCAUAAGUCACCACUUUCCGCCCCUUUCCUGAUUUCUGACUUGAAAAGGCUGCUUUUGCAGGUGGCAUCAUAAUAAAUCUCUUUUAGUGA